AUGACUACAUGCCGCUAUCCUCAACCGGCAAAGUUCAUUGUCCUAGCCGAAGGCGGCGCCGAUGGAGUUAUUCAUGACUCUUACGAACGAGACCUUUUGACGUCUGGACGAUCCCGUCCGACAGAGACACGAAUGCGCAGCGAACUCAAGUUACUCUGGGAAGAGCAGGACCCCGUCGCGGAAACGGGAGUGUCAGAUAGCAAAGCGAUGCGGGACGGCAUCAGGGCGCAGGUUAAGCCAAUUCGCGCCGGGCUUGAGACUACGGGAAGAUUGGGCGUUACCCUUAGCAAUAAGUCUCGCGGCAAGGAGGUUACCUCUAUCCAAGCCGGUGCGAAAGCCGGCGAGGCUUUACAAGGUCCGAGUCUCCGCUUUCUAGCCCGUGCCCACGAAAUCCACGCCAGUUCCCGACCCCGAUCCGUAGGGGGUGUCAAGGUAAGGGAGACCAAAUGUAUAUAUGGGAGGACCAGGCGAGUGCAGCCUUUGCGAACGAUGGAGAGUGUCAAGAAAGUCUAG